GAUAAGCCUGCUUGCUGGAGCUGUCGUCACUGUUGGUGGUGGCCGCAGUGACAAACAGAGGGAGAGAUGUCGAGAUUGCGAAGACUGAUACAAGCUUCGGUUGAUGCUACCAAGAGAGCUUUAUCCGGUAAUCUUGAUGAUUUGAUGCCACCACCGGAGAGACCCAUCUUCAGCUUCAAUUCCAAGAAAGAGUUAAGCAAGUGGCAUUUGUAUUCUGAUUCCGAGUUUGGAGGUUUGUCCUCUGCGUCUCUGCAGAUAACUGAGUCGGAGAAUGGAGUAACUUCUGGAAUCUUCUCCGGGAACCUCUCUUUGGAUGUCUCUGAGGGCACUAAAUGGAACAUCACUCGGAGUGGCUUCUGUGGAAUGCGCUCUAAAAAGUUUGAUGGUUUUAUUGAUUUGGAUUCAUAUGAUACCAUUGCUAUGAAACUUAAAGGAGAUGGAAGAUGUUAUAUAUCUACUAUCUACACGGAGAAUUGGGUCAAUUCACCUGGACAGAUGGAAGAUAACUCAUGGCAAGCUUUUGUUUAUGUGCCUGAAGGCAACUGGUACAUUACAAAGAUUCCUCUAGCUCGGUAUUUACCUACUUGGAGAGGGAAUGUUAUAGAUGCAGAAUUGGAAAUGAAUCCAUCGCGUAUUUUGGGCAUGUCUUUGUCUGUCAAUGCUGAGGGUGGUGUCCCAGGUGCUAGAUCUGGACCAGGUGAUUUCAGAGUUGAACUUGAUUGGAUCAAAGCCUUGAGGACAGAAUGAAGUGAAUAGUUUACACAUAAAAAUCAAGAAUUUUCCUCUUCUUCUAGGGUGCCCUUUUUUGUAAUAAUCAUGUAUCAUUUGAUGGCUCCUAAUGGAAAAAUAUAUUUGGAGUUGUUAUACAAAGACUGUAUUGUUGAGUACUAUAGUAGGUCCAAUAAUGUAAGCACUUUCAAAGAACAAAAUUCAUUGUUUUCAUCAUGUUCAUAGCAGAAGAUUCAAGACUUAUUGUCACCUUGAAAAUACUGCUGAGCUGACAUAAUUGGAUUGUCGGUCAUCAAUUAAA